ACUCUCGGUCGGCACAGUCGGCAACGAUACCGCGCGGAGAACAAUAAUCGCGCGGGAGUUCACUCGUACCGAGACGAUACAUCGCGAUCGCGAUCCACGCCCGACCGCCGUUCACACCGAUUUCCGUCAAGUCGGACGUGCGCUUCGCCGACCGGCAGUCAUUCCAACGGCUUUACAAUCUCUACCCGUUUUACGUUUACGUUACGGUACCUUUCUCGGGUUUUUCUCCGGUCGCUAUUUUCUCUAUCUCUCUCUCCCCCGACACCGAUCCUUACGAUCCGUACGACCCGUCGUCCUCCGCCGAUCGCGUCGAAAACGUUUGGACCACCGCUGCGCACAACAUCACAUCGAACCAUACAGCACUCCGCGCACGUGACCGGAAACCGAAAACGACCGUCGGAUGUCUGUGCAACGGUCGUGAAGCUACACCGGGGGUUUUGUCGUGAUGACCGUACGGGCGCUGUCGCGCGCGAUCCUUCUGGCCGCCUUGGUCGCCGCGACUUGUCGGGGUGACGAAACGACGAGCGACUAUUCCAUAGCUGCCACCACCGACCGGCCGGAGAUAACCGAAGACGAGUUGGAAACGAACAAAUCAGCAGCACCUAGCCAAGGUUUGAAACCAACCAAAUACCACUAUUAUCCGCACAACCAACACAUAUAUCUGUUACCCGAGUGCGCCGUCCAACAGGUUUGCAAUGCCGUGUACGUGAGACUUAACUACACGCAACCCCUGUGCGCCUGUCCGUCCAGGUACAAGGAACCAUGCUCCGCGUCCUUAAACGCUGACGACUUGCACACCACGGAACUGUCUACGGACACGACUGGCAAAAUUCUCACGCUGGUCAAGACGUGCGAGCCGGUGGCCGAAAUGCGGACGUGCCGAUCGCCGAGGGACUGGUCGCUGUUGGCACUGCAGAACGUGCGCACCGGGAAAUCACAUUACCUGGUCAUCUGCCGGUGUCCGCACACGAGUCUGUUGGAGGGACCGAUGAGCCACGACCAACCGACGUACGCGAGCGUGCCCGGCAUCCGGGUGUACGGCAUGAUGUGCGUGACGAGAAACGGACAGCAGUCGACGGCCGCGCCGCCGCCGGCGCACUCCAGCUCAGCGCCGAUGACCAAACGACGGGCCAGACCGUUGAGGACCCCCCGAUCGUCGGGCGCCCACUUCGGCCGGUCGUUCGCAAGCCAAUCGUUGCCGCCGUUCCCGUGGGGCAGAGCCAUGCAGUUCAUCAAAUCCGUGCAAGCGGAAGAGUCACUGAAAAGCAAACGUUCUUGAACGACUCGUCGUCGAACAUCAAAUACGGAUUAAGAAAUUAAAAUUAAAUUAGCAACUGUAGGUAGACGCAUAGGUGAUAUUCAAAUGUAACAAAGCCGCUCAACCGUUUUCUUUUACCCAAAAAAAUUUGUAUUCUUUUGUUUUUUUUUUCUUUUAUUACUUACGAUAAUUAUACAAGCACAGACAACGAUAUAUUUUUAUGAAUAAGUUAUAUAUACAUAUAUAUGUAUAUAUAUAUAUAUAUAUAUUUUUAUAUAACAAGGUGCUUUGUGCGUUUCAAAUGUUCUAUUGUACAUAUCACAGGCUAUAUUU